AUGUCACCAAUAGAGGAAACUGAAGUGUUUGGUGAUGAAAAUGAUAUAUCAAUAGUGAGAACAAAUUCUCAAGUAGGCACUUUGGCAUUGGAUUUUCCAUCCACAUCAUAUAUAGGUAAAGAUCAUAGAGAUCCAGAAACAACACAGCAGGGAUUCUCUAUGAAUUUUGUGGAAUCUGUCGAUGACCUUUCAUAUUCAAAAACUGCUAGUAUACCUUGUGGAGGCUGGAAUUAA